AUGGAAAAAGAAAAUAAUGAUGUUACAAAUAAAGAUUUAUACAAAUUAAUUCAGAGUGUAUUAGAUGUAAACGAAACUAUAAAAAAGCAAAAUAAUGAAUUAAAAGAAGAAAUCUCGGAUUUAAAAAAAACAUUAAAUCAGGAAAUAGUGGACAUAAAAAAUACCAAUAUCAAGCUCCAAGACGAGGUAAAUACAUUACAAUCACAUGUUCUAAAUUUGAAAAGAAAAAUUAAAAAAUAUAACAUAAUUGUUUAUGGUUUAAGAGAAGAAGUUGAUGAUGAAGUAACUGGAAUACAAAAAUUUAUAGAACUUAUAAACUCUAAAUGUGAAGUUGAUACAAAGUUUCACGAUAUUAGAGAUUUUUAUAGAAUUGGUAAAAAAAACGAAGAUCAAGAUAAACCUAGGCCACUACUUAUCGAAUUUAUUUAUCAAAAACAACUGUCUGCAAUUUUUGAAAAUUCCUCUGCAUUGAAAGGAUCUGGGGUGAUUAUAUCAAGAGAUUAUACUCAAGAAGAUUAUAAAAAUAGAAAAGUAUUAUACAAUUGUUUAAAGAAAUUAAGAGAAAAUAAGGUAAUUGGAAAAAUACGAAGUAAUAAACUGGUUAUAAAUGGCACGAGUUAUUCAAAGGAAGAUACAGAACAUCCAACUUUUCUAGAAAGGAUCUUGAAAUUAAAUAGAAUACAAUCUGUUUACCGAAACUUAUCUACGGGACAAAAAAGAAAGGAAUCAGUGUCAGAUAGGACCUUAGAAGUGCCUUCCAAGAGAGUUCCGUGA